AUGGAACAGAAAAAGAACUCUUUUCUUGCCAAGCUGACCCGCAUAGAAAUAAUUUCUAUUCUAAGUCUUCUGCUAAUUAUUCCUGCCAUUAAGCUUAUAUACCGCAUGCUGUAUUUGUUUCCAUUGUCGCCUUCUGCUGUAGGCAUACUUGCCCCAAUUGUUCUGAACACCAUAGGCAGCUCAAUAGGAGUAGCAACCAUUAGCAAGUCUACAUCAGGUGGGUCUGUUAAAUCACCUGCUCUUGUGAUGAAAAGCAUCCUGGGGAUUGUUCUGUGCGAGGCCAACUUUAUUUUCAGUAUUCUGUCGUUUUUCUUCCUGAAGGAAAGAGCGUUAGAAAUAGAAGCGAAGCUGGGGGGAGCAACGGAAAUCCCAUUGGAAAUAGUACAAGCAUCCUGGUGCAUUCUUGCAAGUGGCUUAAUCUGCGGUAUUUGCGGGAUGGUUUCCUCCAUGGGAAGCUCAGUUGUUAACUCAGCAAGCUCCAUCUCUAUUGCAAGCAACUCAAAAAUGUUUUCAAAGCUUAUUAGUCUGCAGCUGAUUAUUGGAGGAGUUGGGAUCUUUGGAACAGCCAUUUCCUUCUUUUUCCUGAAGCUCCCAAGCAGCCUGGGCUAG